AUGUCUGCCACCGUAUUUGCUCCUCUUGGUCCCAGAAAGGCCGGCAAGAUCAUAUGGUUCCGAUUCUGGCAGCUUCCUCAGGCAGCUGUACGAGUACGAGUACUAGCGGUCCAAUUCAUGGACCCCUACUCAAUUGGGGAGGUUUUUAAGCGUACCCAGGGCGCAAUUGAUAGAGAAUGGUUGCAAGUGCGUGACCAGGAGUUUAUUUCGACGAUUUGGCACUAUCUCCGCAAGGCGGUGUACGUCUCGUACAAUCCGGCCGCCAAAGAGAUUGUAUACACGAUGAACGGGCAAACCAGAAAUCACGUGCUCGAGCUCAGGGGGGACUAUUUCCGUCGCUCCUACAAUCCGUUCCCUUCUUCUGCCCCGUGGAUCACCGACACUCUCCCCGCCCGAUUGGUCCCCGCCAACCCCCCUGCGCUGUCGGCAGCUGCCAGGGUGAGCGCGCUGCUGUCGCAGUCAAGUUCCUCGGGAUCGUCGAGCCGGCAGCUUUCUGCUGGGUCGACGCCCCUUCCAGCGUCGUCGGCCUCAUCGGCCAACCCUUACGGCCCGAUCGGAAGGCCAAUCACAUGCAAUCGACAAGAAUACUCUCACCGAGGAUAG